CACAGCUGGAGGCGGGAGCUAAGAAGAGCAGUGUGUAACCUGGAGCAUAUAAGGCCGACCUGAGUAGCGCCUCCGUCAGACCAACUCCUGCCUUAGUGAAGUGUACACCUCCCCCAGGACUCUUCCCCAUGAAGGUGCUGAAGAACGUGGUGGGGGCCCUGUUGCUGGUGGCGACGGCCAGCUGUGCCCUGCUCCCCCCCGCCACACCUGCCCCACAACAACAACCUCCUCAACAACCACAACACCGAAAUUUACAACAGAAGAUAAGCGAAAUAAUAGAAGAAAUAAGCCAGGCAGAGAGAGAGAAGGAAGUAACGAAGACGUGUAACGAAGCCACAAGCGUCAACAACACGUACUUCGUUAACCCCGACGCCAACAGCCUGGAGCUGGGCGCCUGUACGCUCACCAUCAACCACCUUGACAACAACAUCUGCCAGAUGAGGUUCGACUUCAUAACCCUCGACCUCUCCCAGCCGGAUUCCAAUGGUAUCUGCACUGACGACUUCCUGACUGUAACCGGCGGAGUGUCCAGUGUUCCCAUGAUUUGCGGAUACAACAGUGGUCAACACGUUUACUACGAUGUGGACCCCAAUGGUGGAGCCGUGAAGCUGACGGUAGACCGCUCGGCGCAGGCCUCUCUCCUCAAGACCUGGAACAUUAAAGUCUCCCAGAUCGCCUGUGACUCCAGGUUCCGAGCGCCCGUGGGCUGCCUGCAGUACUACACGACCACCGCUGGCACAGUCAGCAGCUUCAACUUCCUCAAUGCCAACACCGCUACUGGUCAGAGCAACAGGCAGCUGUCCAACCAGGACUACGGGAUCUGCAUCAGACGCUACGACAACUACUGCGGCAUCACCUGGGAAUCAUACAGUGAUGGUGGCAACUUUGGCUUCACUAUCUCCGGACCAGCCGAUGCAACUGUAAUAGACAUCAUAGGUACCAUUAUCACGAGCAGCCGGGACAGUGACUGUACUACGGACUACGUGGUCAUCCCCGGGGGGAUGUACACCACUUCCUCCACCAGUACUGUUGUCACGCCCGCUGGAAGGUACUGCGGCCUCGGCUUCCCUCCCUCAGUUACUACCACGUCCCAGCCCUUCGUCCUGUACGUGAAGACGGACGACAACGAGGCGGGAGACAGCGUAAACCGCGGCUUUAGUCUCAGAUACCGACAGCUUAGUUACUGCACAUAAUUAUUGUAUAUAUUACUGCCAUUGCUUCGACUGUCUUUACUGAUAACUGAUGUUAGUUUUGAUGUCGCUGUAAUAAUAAUAAAAAAAAAAUAUU